CUUCUCCUGGAUUUAAAUAGCAAGUUACAUAUGCUUUUUUGCAGCGAAUGACUUCUUUUAUCUUAGAUGAAAGUUUGUCAGAGUAGUCCUGGGUGUCUCCCUCCUGCACGGCGUAUAUAUGAACUUUAGACAGCUCUCGGUCCAUGAAGACUUUGAAGGAAAUGUCGCCCAAAGACCCAGCGAAAGUUUCUUCAAAAAACAAAGGGGGUGCGUUAUUCAUGGAGAACCAGCGCGUGCAGUAUUUAUAAUAGCACGGGGAAGCAUCAAGGGGCAUUUUUGGCAAAAAGAAGAAAAUGCUCCCUCCGAGAAUCGAACUCAGGUCUGCACGGCCACAACGUGCCAUAAUAACCACUAUACUAAAGGAGCCAAUAAAAAAUGAAAAUCCAAAUACGACUGGAGUGCCACGUGGGCAGUAUAAUACGCUCUUUUUUUAUUAUGGGGAUGAAAAAAGAGCUGAGAGAGUGCUUUAAAAAAAAGGAGUCUGGGCUGUUUGGGGGAUAUUCCAAAGAAGCGUAUAUCCAGGAGGUCGUGAAGUACAUAUUCGACAGAUAUGAAAAAAAAAUGUACUCGGAAAGGCCGGCACAAACGCAGAAUCCAAAGAAAAAAACGCGGUUAUCAUCAUUUGAGAAUUUCACGGAGACAACUUCGCUAAACAAGUGCACGCUCUGUGUGGUUGUUCCAAAUGCCGGUCUUAUUGCUGAAAUAGUGGGCCGGAUUAUGGCAAAGAAAAGCGUGCUCGGGGAAGACAUAAAAACUGCGCAGUAUAAGAUUAUUGGGGAUGAAAAUGAUGAUUUUAUGCUUCCUAUGAUGUACACGGGAACGGGAUUUGAGGAAACUUAUAAUAUGCAGGCGGACAUAGUGAUACUAACCACAAAAGCACUGGUUUCAUUUGGGGACAAGAAGAUAGACAGGUCGAAGUAUUUUAUAAAUACCACGGAAGAGUUAGAAGACUUUACAAGAAAGGCCAAGCAGGAUCUAAAUGUAUAUGCAUUCCUUUCGGGUGUAGACACCGUCAUUCUUUUAGACGCCGACAUUCUUCUUAUACAGAACUCAGUGGCGUUCUAUGAGACGCUAAAGAUUUUGGAGGAGGCAAAGCCUGCACCAAAGCAGUAUAUGAAUCUGCGGUAUCUGAGCAGUGGAGAAGAAAAAAAGUCUUUUAUAUUUUUGGGUGAUGUUAUCCCUCCAAAGCUGGUUUCUUUUAUAGAAAAGAUGCCCAGCUAUGUGAUAGUAAGCAAGAAAGGGUGCGCGCAGGAGAGGCAAAGUAGCAGGCAGAGGGAGCCACUGUGCAGUCCAUACAAGGUCUGCCUAAAGGCAAACCGGCAUACUUCGUCAGAAAAGUAUGCAGAACACCACAUAACUAAUCUAUCAAAUGAGUAUGAGCGGUCACUGGUUAUUGUAAGAGACUCUGUAGAGAUGGAGGCCAUCAAGGCGGAAAUACAGAAUGCGUCUGGGUAUACUGCCAAGACAAUAUUAUUUAUAGAUGAAUUUACAACAGAAAGUAAAAUUAAGGAGGAGUUAAAGAAAGGAUGCAUGAAGAGAGUGUGGGUGAUUACAGAGCGGUUUAUUUUUUACAGAAGAAAGAGGCUUCCACGUAUACUUACACCAUAUAACCCAAUAAAGGUGUUUGCGCCGUAUAUUGUAAAUCCAAAGCUGCUGCAGACGGUGCUGAUCAAGGUGAUUGAUCCACAAGAGACAGAGCACGCACUAUAUAACAGCCCAAUAAUACUGACCGUGUCAAAUGAUGCAGAGCGAUACUUCAUAAGCGAAAUAUGUGGGAGGCCUGUUGCACUAGACCAAUUGUUUGAAUAUACAGAUGAAGUAGUUAUUGAGUAAAUACAGGUACUUUUUAUUUCUUGUACUGCAAUACUUUCUAUAUGUGCACUGUGUACUAUAUAUUAAUACAUUUUAAAAUUAUCGCCAGAU